GACUUCUGAUUUGUUACUUCCUUUUGUUUUUAUUUUUUUUUUAACUAUGUACUCCUGUUGAAUAAAAAAAGAAAAACCCAAAUUAAAAAAAAGAAAUAGCAAGGCAACAGCUGGGACUCGUCCCUGCCUGGAGUUCAUGAGUCUCUCCAUGAGAGAUCCGGUGAUUCCUGGGACAAGCAUGGCCUACCACCCGUUCCUACCUCACCGGGCGCCGGACUUCGCCAUGAGCGCGGUGCUGGGCCACCAGCCGCCCUUCUUCCCCGCGCUGACGCUGCCUCCCAACGGCGCCGCCGCGGCGCUCUCCCUGCCCGGCGCCCUGGCCAAGCCGAUCAUGGAUCAAUUGGUGGGGGCGGCCGAGACCGGCAUCCCCUUCUCGUCCCUGGGGCCUCAGGCGCAUCUGAGGCCUCUGAAGACCAUGGAACCCGAGGAAGAAGUGGAGGACGACCCCAAGGUGCACCUGGAGGCCAAGGAACUUUGGGACCAGUUCCACAAGAGGGGUACCGAGAUGGUCAUUACCAAGUCCGGAAGACGAAUGUUCCCUCCAUUUAAAGUGCGAUGUUCUGGGCUUGAUAAAAAGGCCAAAUACAUUUUAUUGAUGGAUAUUAUUGCCGCCGAUGACUGUCGAUAUAAAUUUCACAAUUCUCGGUGGAUGGUGGCCGGUAAGGCGGACCCUGAAAUGCCAAAGAGAAUGUACAUUCACCCGGACAGUCCUGCGACUGGGGAGCAAUGGAUGUCCAAAGUGGUCACUUUCCACAAACUGAAACUCACCAACAACAUUUCCGAUAAACAUGGAUUUACUAUAUUGAACUCCAUGCAUAAAUACCAGCCUCGGUUCCACAUUGUAAGAGCCAAUGACAUCCUGAAACUGCCUUAUAGUACCUUUCGGACCUACUUGUUCCCCGAAACGGAGUUCAUCGCCGUGACUGCCUACCAGAAUGACAAGAUAACUCAGUUAAAAAUAGACAACAACCCCUUUGCAAAAGGUUUUCGGGACACUGGAAAUGGCAGGAGAGAAAAGAGAAAACAGCUCACCCUGCAGUCCAUGAGGGUGUUUGAUGAGAGACACAAGAAGGAGAACACAGGGACUUCGGACGAGUCCUCCAGCGAGCAGACAGCCUUCAACUGCUUCGGCCAGGCCUCCUCUCCUGCAGUGUCCACCGUAGGGACGUCAAACCUCAAAGAUCUGUGUCCCAGCGAGGUCGAGAGCGACGCGGAGGCCGAGAGCAAGGAAGAGCCGGGCGCCGAGGCCUGCGACACGGCCAAGAUCUCCACCACCACGUCGGAGGAGCCGGGCCGGGACAAGGGCAGCCCGUCCUCCUCGGUCAAAGCCCAUCUCUACGCCAGCGGGCCCCGGGACAGUGGGCGUCUGGACAAGGCGUCCCCGGACUCGCGCCACAGCCCGGCCACCAUCUCGUCCAGCACGCGCGGCCCGGGCGCCGAGGAGCGCCGCAGCCCCGGCCGCGAGGGCCCCGCGCUGGCCGCCAAGGCCGAGGAGGCGCGCGCGCUGCCCGCCAAGGACGCCUUCGCGCCGCUCUCGGUGCAGACGGACGCGGCCGCCGCCGCCGCCGCCGCCGCGCACCUCGCCCAGGGGCCCCUGCCGGGCCUCGGCUUCGCCCCGGGCCUGGCCGGCCAGCAGUUCUUCAACGGGCACCCGCUCUUCCUGCACCCGGGCCAGUUCGCCAUGGGCAGCGCCUUCUCCAGCAUGGCGGCGGGCAUGGGACCCCUGUUGGCCACCGUGUCCGGCGCGUCCACCGGCGGCGUCUCCGGGCUGGAUUCCACCACCGCCAUGGCCUCGGCGGCGGCGGCGCAGGGACUGUCCGGGGCCUCGGCGGCCACUCUGCCCUUCCACCUUCAGCAGCACGUUCUGGCCUCGCAGGGCCUGGCCAUGUCACCUUUCGGGAGCCUCUUUCCUUACCCCUACACAUACAUGGCAGCGGCGGCGGCGGCCUCCUCGGCGGCGGCCUCGAGCUCGGUGCAUCGCCACCCCUUCCUCAACUUGAACAGCAUGCGACCCCGGCUGCGCUACAGCCCCUACUCCAUCCCAGUGCCCUUGCCCGACAGCAGUGGCCUGCUGGCCACCGCGCUGCCAUCCAUGGCGCCGGCCACGGGGCCCCUGGACGCCAAAGCUGCUGCCUUGGCCACCAGCCCGGCCUCGGUGGCUGUGGACUCCGGCUCCGAACUGAACAGCCGCUCCUCCACCCUCUCCUCCAGCUCCGUGUCCUUGUCGCCCAAACUCUGCUCCGACAAGGAGGCGGCCACCAGCGAACUGCAGAGCAUACAGAGGCUGGUCAGUGGCUUGGAAGCCAAGCCGGACAGGUCCCGCAGUGGGUCCCCCUAAACUCCCUCCCCCCGAACAUCUUCAUUCCAGUUAUCCAGUCAGGUCUGCAGUGCACUUUGUUGGUUGUAAAAUAAAACCCCGCGGGGGUGGGGGCGCCUUCCAUGUUGGGGUGACCCUCUCCCCUUCCUUGGCCAUCUUGUCUGAGAAUGUGCUAGGGACAGGCCCCUUCUUCUUGGUGAGGUUUUGAGGUCUGAGUCUGGGUCAGAUUCUGAGAUUCAGGAAGGGUGAUUGCAUGGAGUGCAUGGGUGGGGGAUUUUUUUUUUUUUUUUCAAAAAAAGAAAGAAAAAAAAAAGGCAUUCAGAUGACUUCUAUAGAGGCUGGUCUGGAAGUUGGCUGAAAAAAAAAACAAGGGAGCUGACCCACCAGGAAGGCGGGAGCUCCAAAGGCACUUCUCCCUGUGGAUUUUUUCUCCCUUCAACAUGUCAAGUGGAAAUAUUAAAAAAAAAAAUUUUUUAAGUGGGGACAAAUGAAUUAACAUGAUUCUGUUGUGAAGACUGAAGAGUGACUUGGGUAUCAGUUCUCCAUCAGUUACUAAGCAGCUCACUUGGGGAGGGAAGGAGUCUUUGCCAUUCUUGUUUAGUCUCUAUUAAAGGAAACCUGUGUCUUUUUAAUAUUCUUGUGAUGUUUUAAGAGCCCACAUAGGUCUCUUCUUGCAUGUUACACAGUGAUGUAUUUGUGGUUUUUAUCUUGGAUGCUUGCGUCUAGAGAGAAAUAACAUAAGCCCUUUCGGUCCCCUGUCCUCAGACCUGUGCUCUCAAAUCGGCAAACCUUCAAAAAAAAAAAAAAAAAAUGGGGGGAAGGAAUUUAAAA